AUGGAUGAAGAAAAACACCCGAUCGAUGACGUGUACCAGAUGACCAUGGAAUUUGAAGGUGACCAUCAACUUCAUAGAAGCGACAACGCUGCUUCUGGCAUCAUUGCUAUCAAUACUAACGCCAACACCAAAUCCGAUCAACCCUCUAAACUAUACACCAACAAUGGCGAUCCUGGUAAAGACAACACUGCUGGUCAACGUGAGCGUCGCAACAUUAUCUGCCCGUUGUGCAACGAGAAGGGCCGUGGCAUCCACGGCUGCCCAUCCUCCAUCUGCCGCAAAUGUGGUUCAAACAACCACAAGGGAAACAAAUGCCCUGUCGACCGCUCUACACUCCACUGCUCUAAAUGUAACAAAGCAGGUCAAACCGAUGCUGCAUUUCUACAAAAAUGA